GCGAAAACCCGGAACAGCUGCGUGCGCUCGUGGAAAGUCCUCCUAGGGGCGAAGCCGGGCAGCUGGGCAUGCUCAGUAGCUGGGGGAGGCUUGGGUGGAGAGUAGAAAGCCGCGGCUCUGCCUCCCACCCCCUCCCUCUGGCCCCCGCCCCCCUUGCACCUACCCAGCCCGUAGUAGUUGCCCGGCGUGCGCCCGCGGAGACCGGGAACAUGGCGCUCCGAGCGAUGUAGCAGCCGCGGAGGGGAAGCGGAGGAGGCGCCGCCGCUGCGCUGACAGCCAGCCGCCAGAUACAAUGUCUCUCACCUGAGUCCAGAUGGACAAGACACUCUUGAAAAGCCCCUCCUACACUAGAAGUCUAUGAAACUGGCACCCCAGAAUAACAGCUCUGCCGCCUUGUAGUUCUAUAUCUGUUAUAUUCAGCACAACUCCCUGAGUUAAGGAGAGAAGAAAUAUACUGUGGCAAAAUGCUUCCACCUCUUGCCAAAAUGAACACUGAAGAAAAAUGAAGAGCACUGAAGAACUCUAACAAAAAGUUGCAGGACAGAAAUAGCCAAACUCCUCUGGAGUCUGAUUCAUCCACAGCCAUCAAAAAAAGGUUUGCAUCAUGUUUGGAAAGAAAAAGAAAAAGAUUGAAAUAUCUGGUCCCUCCAACUUUGAACACAGGGUGCACACCGGUUUUGAUCCGCAAGAACAGAAGUUCACGGGCCUCCCCCAGCAGUGGCACAGCCUCUUAGCGGACACGGCCAACAGGCCGAAGCCCAUGGUGGACCCUUCCUGCAUCACACCCAUCCAGCUGGCGCCCAUGAAGACAAUCGUUAGAGGAACUAAACCGUGCAAGGAAACCUCCAUCAACGGCCUGCUAGAGGACUUUGACAACAUCUCCGUGACUCGCUCCAACUCCCUAAGGAAGGAAAGCCCGCCCACCCCAGACCAGGGAGCCUCCAGCCACGGUCAAGGCCAUCGGGAAGAAAAUGGCUUCAUCACCUUCUCACAGUAUUCCAGCGAAUCUGAUACCACUGCUGAGUACACAACCGAGAAGUAUCGAGAAAAGAGUCUAUAUGGUGAUGACCUGGAUCCAUUUUACAAGAGCAGCCACGUGGCCAAGCAAAACGGGCAUGUUACCAAGACCAAACACGGAGAGGUCCACUAUCCUGAGAUGAAGCCUUGGAAAUCCGAUCUCUCCAGAUUUCCCCUUGAUUAUCACGCACACUUGGACUCACUGAGCAAACCAAGUGAAUACGGCGACCUCAAGUGGGAGUACCAGAGAGCCUCAAGCAGUUCCCCUCUAGAUUACCCAUUCCAGUUCACGCCUUCUAGAACUGCGGGGACCAGUGGGUGCUCCAAGGAGAGCCUAGUGUUCAGCGAAAGCGAGUGGGGACCCAGCCUGGAUGACUAUGAUAGGAGGCCAAAGUCGUCCUACCUGCAUCAGACCAGCCCUCAGCCCACCAUGCGGCAGAGGUCCAGGUCAGGCUCAGGGCUCCAGGAACCCAUGAUGCCCUUCGGAGGAAGUGCAUUUAAAACCCACCCCCAAGGACACUCAUACAACUCCUACACCUACCCUCGCUUGUCCGAGCCCACAAUGUGCAUUCCAAAGGUGGAUUACGAUCGAGCACAGAUGGUCCUCAGCCCUCCACUGUCAGGGUCUGACACCUACCCCAGGGGCCCCGCCAAACUACCUCAAAGUCAAAGCAAAGCAGGCUAUUCCUCAAGCAGCCACCAGUACCCAUCUGGGUACCACAAGGCCACCCUGUACCACCACCCCUCCCUGCAGACCAGUUCCCAGUACAUCUCCACGGCUUCUUACCUGAGCUCCCUGAGUAUCUCAUCCAGCACCUAUCCCCCACCCAGCUGGGGCUCCUCUUCAGACCAGCAGCCCUCCAGGGUGUCCCACGAACAGUUUCGGGCUGCUCUACAGCUGGUGGUCAGCCCAGGAGACCCCAGGGAAUAUUUGGACAACUUUAUCAAGAUCGGAGAAGGGUCCACCGGCAUCGUGUGCAUCGCAACCGAGAAACAUACAGGGAAACAAGUCGCCGUGAAGAAGAUGGACCUCCGGAAGCAACAGAGGCGGGAACUACUUUUUAAUGAGGUUGUGAUAAUGCGGGAUUACCACCAUGACAACGUGGUUGACAUGUACAACAGCUACCUUGUCGGCGAUGAGCUCUGGGUGGUCAUGGAAUUUCUAGAAGGUGGUGCCUUGACAGACAUUGUCACUCAUACCAGAAUGAAUGAAGAACAGAUAGCUACCGUCUGUCUAUCAGUUCUAAGAGCUCUCUCCUACCUUCACAAUCAAGGAGUGAUUCACAGGGACAUAAAGAGUGACUCCAUCCUCCUGACAAGUGAUGGCCGGAUAAAGUUAUCGGACUUUGGUUUUUGUGCUCAAGUUUCUAAAGAGGUGCCCAAGAGGAAAUCACUGGUUGGCACUCCCUACUGGAUGGCACCCGAGGUGAUUUCUAGGCUACCUUAUGGGACAGAGGUAGAUAUCUGGUCCCUCGGGAUCAUGGUGAUAGAAAUGAUCGAUGGCGAACCGCCCUACUUCAAUGAGCCUCCCCUCCAGGCCAUGCGGAGGAUUCGGGACAGUUUACCUCCAAGAGUGAAGGACCUACACAAGGUUUCUUCAGUGCUCCGGGGAUUCCUAGACCUGAUGCUGGUGAGGGAACCCUCCCAAAGAGCCACAGCCCAGGAACUCCUUGGACAUCCAUUCUUGAAACUGGCAGGUCCGCCAUCUUGCAUCGUUCCCCUUAUGAGACAAUACAGACAUCACUGAGUAGAGGAUUCUACUGGUGGAAUCAAGGUGGAAGAGCUAGAUGAGGACAUGACAAUAAUUCAGGAGAACGUGAGGAACAUGAAAAAGGCCUGUGUACUCGAACCAGCUGAUCGGUGGGACAAUGUGAUGACAGGCAGGGUUCAACAGACCAGGGCAUCUUCUUGUGUCUUAAAACAGGCAUCUCUCCACUGACAGCUGGCGUGGUCAUUUGGAACACGGCUUUAAUAGUCAUUAUUAUAUUUUUCAGCCCUUCAUCCAGCAAAUCAGAAGGACUCAGUACAAACUCCGUUACGACAUAUCCUAGCCACAUGCAGGGUAAUGCAUAGGAUUUUCUAUAUUGAAAGAAUAAUUUUCUGGCAAAAAAAAAAAAAGAAAGGAAAACAAAAAGCACUUUUUUCUUAAUGGUAGCAGUGUAAUGUAUUUUGCAAUGAAUUUGUAAUUUUUCUGUACAAUAGUUUUGAUAAUUUAUAGUACUUUGAUGUCAUGUAGCCAUAGUAUCAGUUGAAGUAAUACCUGUUUACUAGCAAGAGUUUGAACAAAGCCUUUCCUACUUUUUUAUCCCUUUCAGAGAACCAACGAUUCUUUAGGAACUUUGAAUACUGAAUGAUUCUCAAUCACCGUCAGCUUUAGUAGAAUAUCUUUCUUAUCUUAACAAGUGUCUUAUGUGAUGGAGGAAGAUUUAAGAGUGAUGGUGAUGGAGGUGCACAUUUCAUUUAUCCAACCAAAAAUAACAAAAUUGGAGCCACAGUAAGCCACCAAGCCACUCCUUGGGAUAAAGCUUAAUCUUUGGAAAAUUCAAAUUUUCCUUCAAGGCUAUUAAUUGCAGACCAGUGUUUGCACAGCAGGGUGUUCCCCUUCCCCAUGCCCUCUCUCCAGUGGGUGUGAUAUUCCCCCUCCCCAAGCGUGGCCACAUUUCUCACCAAGGAAACAGUUUUCAGUGCUAGGAUCAUUGGACCCAGUUCCCCAAACUGAAUGUUGAAGGAAGACUGAGAAUUCCAGUCUCACCAAGGGAAAGGAGAGAGAACAGGGCAAGAUGUUUGGUUUUGUUUGUCACUGUUUUGAAAACUCUGUAUGCUAGCACACCAAACUCUUGUCUGUAUUUACCUUCGUACCGCAGUAUUAAUUGCUAUUGUUCCUGUAUCGUGCUGGAAGUCAGAACUGACUUUAGAGGAUGAAUUAGGAAAGGGGUAUUUUACCAGGUGUGUUCUGACUUCAGUUGUGACCCUGUUAUAAUGUGUUUCCGACAUAGGGGAGUUGUGCUGCUGACUAGAUCUUCUUGAAUGUUGAUAAAAAUGAAUGACUACUACAAUACAUUUUGUGUUGCUUGUUGGAUGAAUUUGCAUGUUAACUGUAGGCCAAUAUAGAUUUGCCUUUAAAAACUCUGGAAGAGCUACAUAGUCAUCAUUAGUUUCUAUUAAUUAUGCAUCAGAAAAAAAAAAAAAGCCAUUUGUUACCAAACUGGAAAACCAGAGGCUUUUCUUAAUGACUUCAACAUACUGUAACAAAUAGGAAUUUAAAUUCGUGAAAAUUCUCUGGUUGGUCUAAGCAUAAUUAAGAAUUUUUGUAAUGAAUAGGUUGCUAAUUAUUUAUUAUAGCUAAAAAGAAAAAAAAAGGCAUAAAAUGACCUUCUACAGAUUAGAUUAUUUUUUCCCCCAAACUGGAAAUGUCUCACCAUGAAUAGGAUCUAUAAUUUUGUUUCAUAAAACACAACAAAUCAAUGUUUUAUGUAAAAUAUUAAAAUAUUAAUAUAAAAUGUAUGAAUAAAAAUCUAAAUCCAGAAAAUGGCCGUCCUAAAAGUUCAUGAACAUAUUAUAUUAAUUUAACCAGGACUAUGUAGAAGUAGAAAGAAAAAGAAAAUCUUUUUUUAACCAGAUCAAAUAUUAAAAACCAUUGCAGAAAAUUAUGGAUUUUGGAUUCCAAACAUUUUCAACAGUGUAAUGGAAAUUUUUCUGUAAUUUUCUUAUCACUGGGUAUUUUAUAAAUAUUCAUUGAGUUUAACAAAAGUUACUGUAGCUUAAAAGGUUUUGUGAGCACUAACUAUUGGCAGAAACUGCACUUGCAAAUAAAAAUAAAUGUUUGCCU